GAGUUGUGAACAUGGCUCGGGUAAAAUUUUAGUUCAGUUUUAUUUUAAUCAUUUUCAACUGCUUCGUAAGUCAACACACUGAAAUUGGAGAGUCUUUUAUUCAAAAUACAUGUUUGUGAAAGUAAACUGACCGAAGGUAAAAUAUCCGCUUUCACAUCAUCAUAAAUAAGAUGAAGAUGUAAUUCUGAAUCUAACCAUGGAGCAAGGAAAACGAACGGACAACCCUUGAGUGACAACUAUUCCUAUGUAUUAACUAAUAUGCCCUGAGGCUGAGGCUGAACCAUGACCGAAGCAACGGAAUCCGAGAAUUUCAUCUUGCGCAAAUGGCAGAAAUGUUACUUUGACCUCCAAGGGUCACAGGCCAGUCCUCGGGUCAAAGUUGACACCAUCACUGGUAUCCUGCAACAGGUCUACCAGGCAAAUGCUAUAGGAAGCAUAAGUGAUGAUGUUCGCUCUAAUCUUGCAAGACACUACAUCAAGGCACACUCAUCUAUUGUCGACAGUGCCAACGGUGAAACAGGACUCAAUAACUACGCCGAUGGGGCGCUGACCAUGUGUGCAAAUCAUCCAAAUGAGAGCUCAGCUUGGACCACAUCACUAACUACUGAAAAUAUCAGAGAUCUUUCCUGCGUAAAGCAGUUGCUGCAAUCGUCAAAGGCCAGUGCGGCGUCAAAGAAACCAACUAGAGCAGAUGAACCUCUUAUUCUCAAUCAAAACAAGAAAGUUGUGGAUCAACGCAGUUCGUCCAAUCCAUCAAGUGGAUCCACUAGUUUUGCUUCAUCCCAUGUAAACAGGCAGCCCACUGCAACAGCUCCAAGUCAACAGAAUUACCCAACGUUCAACCAGAACCCACAAUCAUUUCAUGCCAGUAGACCUAUCACCUCUUCGGCCAAUGCAGCAAAUCACCCUCCAGGUCAAAGUUCAACAAAUCAAGUGUCAAAAGGUCAGGGUCCAACAAGCUACGGACAGCCACCCCAAACUUCAACAUUUUCAAGAACUCGGCAACAGAUCCCAAACCCCAGGGAAAGCCAUCUAGUUGCGCCCCAAUUUCAAGACAGAACAGCCCCCAUGCCCCCGUCAGACCCAAACCUACCCCGUCACCAUGCCUCAGCAUUUCCCUCCCAGUCUACCGCCAACAGGACACAAAAUCGAGGCCAAAUCAAUGACAACCCAGGACCCAACUAUGACGGGGAGCCUCCAAAGUCAUCUGGUUUCCCGUCUCAUCAAGGGUAUAGACCAAGCGGGUUUACUUCAACUGGUGCACCACCUCACUCACUGAAAAGGAAGACCAUGUUCCAAGAAGUUGAGUUCCAAGGUGAUGGUCAGCUCCCCUUCAGGACGUCUGUACCUGAGCGCACAGGUUUUGCAGACAGAAGAUUCACCGAAGGUCAGGGUGCCAGACACAUGGAUAAUGAGGAUGAAAGUUCAGCUAUGCCAAGUGCUUUCAAAACGGCAAACGAACAACUUAUUAUUCAGAAUCAGAAGAAGUACGGUAACCGUGCUGGUACCGGAGCCCCGACAUCAUCAGCCUACGGUACGGGCAAGAAAUCACUAGGGACGACGAGGAGAGGAUUGAACAGCAAGUUUGUUCCUCCUGUCGUGAACAGAGAAGACGGAGACACUGAUAGAGGUCAACGAGGGGUCACUGGAAGGUCAAAUGUUACUGGUGAUGGCGAGGAAGAAGUGACUGAUGAGCGUCUUAAAGGAAUUGAUCCGAAGAUGAUUGAACUUGUGAUGAACGAGAUCAUGGACCACGGUCCCCCAAUUCAGUGGGAUGACAUCGCUGGGUUGGAGUUUGCUAAGACAACCAUUAAAGAGAUCGUAGUCUGGCCGAUGCUUAGACCAGACAUUUUCAAUGGUCUCCGAGGACCGCCAAAGGGGUUACUGCUAUUUGGACCUCCGGGUACUGGCAAGACGCUCAUAGGAAAAUGCAUUGCAUGUCAAUCCGGUGCAACCUUCUUCAGUAUAAGUGCGUCCUCACUCACCUCAAAGUGGGUCGGUGAAGGAGAGAAGAUGGUGAGGGCACUCUUUGCCGUCUCGAGAUGCCACCAGCCGGCGGUUAUCUUCAUCGAUGAAAUCGAUUCGCUCCUCUCUCAGAGAUCCAAUGAUGAACACGAGUCAUCGCGACGAAUCAAAACAGAGUUCCUGGUGCAAUUAGAUGGAGCAACAACCAGCUCGGACGACCGUCUCCUAGUUGUCGGUGCCACAAAUCGUCCUCAAGAGAUUGAUGAGGCAGCUAGACGUCGGCUGGUCAAACGUCUCUACAUCCCGCUCCCUGAGGCUCCAGCUAGGAGGCAGAUUGUUCAGAAUCUCCUAGCUCAGCAGAGUUACUCUCUCACUGAGGAGGAGCUGGAUAGAAUAUGCCAAGAGACUGACGGUUACUCUGGGGCUGAUAUGGCCAACCUUUGCCGGGAAGCAGCUCUAGGCCCAAUCCGCUGCAUUCAAGGCACAGACAUACAACACAUCAGUGCUGAUCAGGUUCGUCCCAUUCUGUAUGAAGACUUCCAAGGAGCUUUGCAGCACAUGAGACCCAGUGUUUCCAAGUCCGAUCUCAACAUCUACCUGGAGUGGAACAAGACCUUUGGUACUGGUGCUAGCAAAUGACCUAAAUAGACUGGUGCCUUCGAUAAUUUAACCAGUACAUGUGUAUAAUUUAAUUAAACAAAUUAUUUCACAAUUUAUCAAGUUUUUUUGUUUUUUUUUCAAUAAAAUUAUUUGGCAACUUGUCAGUUCAUGGUUUGUUACGGAUGAGUGUGUUUUUUUACACUUUAAGUGGCGGAAGUUAAAUUAUUUUCAACUUUUGUGAACAUUUUUGUUUCCUGUUUCUAUCAUCAAAUCUGUAAUCAUUAAGGAAAUAUUAAAUUUAUGACUACUUAAUCAGAAAAAAAAUAAUGUUGAAAAUAUCAUCUUUAUGAUGAUACACAUUCCAAGUAAAAAAAAAAAGUUAAAGGAACCGGAAUGUCUUACAAUUGUGGUAUUUCUAAUAAUCUCCAAGUUGAUCUCCCCCCAAAAAUUCAUUUAAAUGUGUUUAUGUAUAGCAAAGGUUAAUUGUCCUACAGUGAAGUUAAAGCGUUCUUUACAUUAAGUUUAUUUAAGAGAAUUCUGUUGAAUACAUGUAUUCCUUUAUGUCACGGCUAAAUUGAUCACGAGUUGAGUUCAUUUUGCCUAUUAUUUGUCACUAAAUGUAUUUUUCCCUUUCCUUUCAAGGGUAUAUAAUCAUCCCCCUUUUUAUUUUCUAUAUGUACAGUCAUCACAUUAACUGUGGCUAUUUUAAUUUUCGUAAUUUGCCAGCACCAUAACAUACACAGGAAAUCUCAACUUUUCAAAGCCUCUCUCUGUAUCAAGUGUAGCAUUUCGGUUGGUUACCAAGGAAGCAGUUCAUUAUGUUAAAAUGGUAGCUUCCCCGAGCUAAGGGCAGCGGGAAAGCCCGUCUAAAGACGCUAUAGUACAUGAUUUCUGGUUUAGCUCCUGUAUGAAUGAGUUUAACAAAAUUAUCUAACUCCACAACUCCCAAAACGAUGAUGGAUCGAGCAAUAUUCCAGCUGUGUCUUUGAACUCCGCCUGGUCAACUCGUGUUCAGUUGUUCAUCCAGCCAGUGAGAGUGUGAUCGAGAUAAGACCAUUUAUAUUGUCAACAAUUGAUGUUUGGCCUUGGAUUGACAGGAGGCCGGUUACGUUCACCUUGGCAAAAGAAGAGAAAAUGUACUGGCAGGUAUUCUAUCUGAAUUAAGUGGGUUUUUUACGCCAAGUUUGUGCAUUUAUCAGCUCAACAGUUUAAUAAAUUUGGUGUGUACCAAAGUUUAAUUGUAAACACAAUUUGUUUAUUUGUCGCACGUCGCAACCAAAAAAGUGCAGAAAAAGUUUAAUUAAACCUGGUAUUAUAUAUUAUGCCUUUUUUACAGUAUAAAAUGCUGUGAUUGUUACAAAAACAGAACAGUAUAACUUGAA